GCCUCCCUGGACUUCCGCUAGAUGGCGCGUCGUCCUCAGCCCUGGCCACCUAUCGUUCAGGUGGGACUGGAACAAAGAGGAAACUUCCCAGCCAAUACCGACGCAUCAUCAUUACCAUAACCAUUAGGUUUUCUUUAUGGAAUGCCAUUGUUCUACAUUUACAGUACCCAAACAGUAAAAAAUAUAAGGACAUCGUUAAAUUUUCCUUCGAAUUCAGAGACGUUCCGACUAUCGCACAAAAAUACCGAUUUCGAUCUUUUUCAACCAAAGAAAUAUCACUUAAACAUAUAUCGAUAUAAAAAUAUAUACAACCCGGCGACGCCAACUUCCCUCUAAAAAUCGCAUUUUGCACAGACGUACCCAGUACAAACUGACGAGAACCUUUUGUGCACUGCGAAAGCAAGGACAGUUUUAAUUGAACAUUAAAGAAAGGCACGACACCGGCAUUAAGAAAAUGUCCAAAACGGAUGCUGCCUCCGUCGACGCCACCGAGGAGAACUCUAAUGAAACCACUUCCGAUGCGGCCACCAGCUCCUCGGGGGAGGAGGAGGCAGAGUUCGACAACAAGAUUGAAGACGACCGGAGUCGGCGGUUCGAUUUUCUGCUAAAACAAACUGCUGAAAUAUUCACCCAUUUCAUGACAAACAGCGCCAAGAGUCCCACAAAGCCAAAAGGCAGACCCAAAAAGAUCAAGGAUAAAGAAAAAGAGAAGGAUAACGAUAGAGAUAAGGAUAUACCACAAAUUACGGAUAUGUGUAUCUGCCAAUCUGUGCGAAUUUCGUUCAGAGUUCUUUUCGGUUAUGGCUCGGAAAAGAGAACACAUUUAUAGUAGAUAUCAAAUUAUAGCAAUUAAAGCCAAGCCAAACAAUAAACGUUCUUCAUGUGGGCCUGGCCUGUCUAUCUGUUAA